AUGUCCUGUGCAUCUGAAACCUGUCUUCUUAAUUGUAUCAGACUCCCAAAAGUGGUACGAACGAACCGGACUGUGUCGACUAAUCUUAACUUCCCGGCUUCAGGCCUGCUCAGGUCAGCUUUGUCCAGGCAAAAUCUGGGUGGGAAGCGCGAUCCCAUCACGAUCAUAUGCUCGACGAGAAAUUCACAAUUCACCGUCAACAAACGAAUGCUCGAAAUGGGAUUCGUUCGAAUACCAACCUCACCUAUUCAUCGCUCUGUCGCGUUGUUUCGCCAUCCCUGCUUUCUGCAGGUCUAUGCAAUCACAGUGAACGUGUGCACUGCACCAAAGUUAUCCAACCUGCGAUAUGACCUGUUCGCUCUUCCCGACCAAUCGUCUGUCGACGAAUAG